UGCCGGGGCGGCGCGGGGUAGCAUACUAGCAUCAACAACAGUCAACACAAAAUGGAGCACGCUUGUUUGUGUAUGUGUAUAUUUGUCUGACAAUAUUGCUCCUUUUUGUUAACAACAAAAAUAAUUUUAAUUAUUAUAUUAAUAAAAAUAACCAAUAAUUGUGUUUGUACAAUGAUUUUAGUGGUGUAAUUAAAAUAAUAAUUCAAUAAAUAUGUUUAUAAAGCAGGUUAUUAUUCAGGGCUUCAAGUCCUACAGGGAACAAACUGUUGUUGAGCCAUUUGAUCCAAGGCACAAUGUUGUUGUUGGACGUAAUGGAUCUGGUAAAAGUAAUUUUUUUUAUGCAAUACAAUUUGUAUUGAGUGAUGAAUUUUCACAUUUACGUCCUGAUCAACGUCAAGGUUUAUUACAUGAAGGUACUGGACCACGUGUUAUAUCAGCUCAUGUUGAAAUAAUAUUUGAUAAUACUGAUGGAAGAUUACCAAUUGAUAAAGAUGAAGUAUUUUUACGUCGUGUUAUUGGAUCAAAAAAAGAUCAAUAUUUUUUAAAUAAAAAAAAUGUAACAAGAAGUGAUGUUAUGAAUUUGCUAGAAUCAGCUGGUUUUUCACGUUCAAAUCCAUAUUAUAUUGUUAAACAAGGUAAAAUAAAUCAAAUGGCAACAGCACCAGAUUCACAACGUUUAAAAUUGUUACGUGAAGUUGCUGGUACACGUGUUUAUGAUGAUCGUAGAGAAGAAUCAAAAUCAAUACUCAAAGAAACUGAAGGUAAAUUAGAAAAAAUUGUUGAUUUUUUACGUACAAUUGAAGAACGUUUACAAACACUUGAAGAAGAAAAAGAAGAAUUAAAAGCAUAUCAACGUUGGGAUAAACAACGUAGAUGUCUUGAAUAUACAAUACAUGAACGUGAAUUAAAAGAUAAUAAAAAAAAACUUGAUGAUUUAAAUACAUUACGUUCAAAUAGUGGAUCUGAACAAGCACGUUUAGGUACUGAAGUUAAAGAAGCACAAGAAAAAGUACGUACAGCAAGUAAACGUUUAAAAGAAGCUAAAAAAGAUGUACAAACAGCUAAAGAUGAACGUGAUACAUUAAGUGCUGAACAACAACAAUUAUUAAAAGAAAAAACUAAAUUAACAUUAACAAUUAAUGAUUUAUUGGAUGAAGUUAAAGGUGAUAAUGAUAGUAAAAAACGUGCACAACAAGAAUUGGAAAAAUUAAAAGGUACAAUAUCAUUAAAAGAACAAGAUUUAGAAAAAAUUAAACCAGAAUAUGAUGAAAUGAAAAGACGUGAAGAAGAAUGUACAACAAAGCUAUCAUUAAAAGAACAAAAACGUAAAGAGUUAUAUGCUAAACAAGGACGUGGUAGUCAAUUUCCAAAUAAAGAUGAAAGAGAUAAAUGGAUACAAAAUGAACUAAAACAAUUGACAAAACAAAUAAAAGAUAAAGAAGAACAUCAUAAAAAGCUAAGUGAUGAUUUAAAAAAAGAUGCACAAAAACAAAAAGAAUUAGAAGAAAAAAUAAAUAAAUAUACCAUUGAAAUGGAAACACAAAAACAAUCAAUUGAUGAUCAUAAUAAACAAUAUUAUGAAUUAACUAAACAAAAAGAUCAAUGUCAAGCAACACGUAAAGAACAAUAUCGUAAAGAAAGUGUAUUUCAAUUAAAUUUAUCUGGUUUAAAAGAAGAUUUAGCUAAAGCUGAUCAAUCAUUACGUUCAAUGGCUGGUAAACCAAUUUUAAAUGGACGUGAUAGUGUUAGAAAAGUACUUGAAACAUUUCGUGAACGUCCAGAUAUGUCAUCAGAAGUUAAUUGUUAUUAUGGUCCAGUUAUUGAAAAUUUUGAUUGUGAUAAAACAGUAUAUAUGGCUGUUGAAGUUACUGCUGGUAAUCGGCUAUUUCAUCAUAUUGUUGAAACAGAUAAAUUUGGUACAAAAAUAUUAAAAGAAAUGAAUAAUCAACGUUUACCUGGUGAAGUUACAUUUAUGCCAUUAAAUCGUUUACAUGUUAAACCAAUAAAUUAUCCAAAAGAUGAAAAUGCCAUACCAAUGAUAUCAAAAUUAAAUUAUGAUGAAAAAUAUGAUCGUGCAUUAAGAUAUAUAUUUGGUAAAACUUUGAUAUGUCGUAAUUUAGAAACAGCAACAAGUUUAGCACGUACAUCUGGCUUGGAUUGUGUUACACUUGAGGGUGAUCAAGUAUCAUCAAAAGGUUCAUUAACUGGUGGUUAUUUUAAUACAUUACGUUCACGUCUUGAAAUACAAAAAACAAGAUCUGAAUUAAUUAAACAAAUAGCAACAUUAGAACAACAAUUGGGAUCAUUAAAAGAUGAUAUUAAAAAAGCUGAUCAAAAAAUAUCAUCAUCUGUUGGUGAUAUGCAAAAAACUGAAACUAAAAAUUCAAAAGCUAAAGAUAUUUAUGAUAAAAUAAAAGCUGAAAUACGUAUGAUGAAAGAAGAAUUAAAUGCAAUUGAACGUUCAAGAACACCAAAAGAAAGAUCACUUGGACAAUGUAAUUCAAAUUUAGAAGCAAUGCGUGCAACAAAAGAAGGUCUUGAAUCUGAAUUACAUCAAGAUUUAAUGGCACAAUUAUCAACAAGUGAUCAAUCACAAGUUGAUACAUUAAAUGAUGAAAUACGUACAUUAACUAAAGAUAAUAAAGAAGCAUUUGCAAAACGUAUGAGACUUGAAGCUGAAAAAAAUAAAUUGGAAAAUUUAUUAACAAAUAAUUUACACAGACGUAAAGAUGAACUUGUACAGGCAUUACAAGAAAUAUCUGUUGAAGAUCGUCAACGUCAAUUAGAUACAUCCAACUCGACAUUAGCUGAAAUUGAAAAAAGAUUAAUUAAAGUUAAUGCAGAUUUUAAGGUACAAAAUGAUAAAGUUAUUGUUGCAUCAAAAAAACAAAAAAUUGAAUCAUCUGAAGUUGAAAAAUGGAAAAUUAAAGAAAAAGAAAUACAAGAAAAAAUUGAAUCUGAUGCUAAAGAUUUAGAAAAAUUAGCAAGUAAACAAAAUUUAUUACAAUCUAAAAUAAAUGAAUGUACACAAAAAAUAACUGAUCUUGGUGCAUUACCAAGUCCUGAGGCAUAUGAAAAACUAGGUAAUUUAUCAACAAAACAAUUAUUCAAAGAAAUGGAAAAAGCUAAUAAUCAAUUAAAAAAAUAUAGUCAUGUUAAUAAAAAAGCAUUGGAUCAAUUUAUGUCAUUUAGUGAUCAAAAAGAAAAAUUAGUUAAACGUAAAGAAGAACUUGAUCGUGGUGAUGAAAAAAUUAAAGAACUAAUGAAUGUAUUAGAAAUGCGUAAAUGUGAAGCAAUACAAUUUACAUUUAAACAAGUUAGUAAAUAUUUUAGUGAAGUAUUUAAAAAAUUGGUACCAACUGGACAUGCACAACUAGUUAUGAAAACAGCUGAUGGUGAAGAGGGUGAUGGUGAUAAUGAGGAUGUAUCAACAGCUGCUGCUGAUUCUGAUCGUUUUAUUGGUGUUGGUAUACGUGUAUCAUUUACUGGACAUAAAGCUGAAAUGAGAGAAAUGAAUCAACUAUCUGGUGGACAAAAAUCACUUGUUGCACUUGGUUUAAUAUUUGCCAUACAAAAAUGUGAUCCAGCACCAUUUUAUUUAUUUGAUGAAAUUGAUCAAGCACUUGAUGCACAACACAGAAAAGCUGUUGCUGAUAUGAUACAUGAAUUGAGUUCUGACGCUCAAUUUAUAACAACAACAUUUAGACCAGAGUUGUUACAACAUGCCAAUAAAUUUUAUGGUGUCAAAUUUCGUAAUAAAGUAUCUCACGUUGAGUGUGUGACACGUGAUGAAGCUGCUGAUUUUGUUGAAGAUGACACAACUCAUGGAUAAUCAAUCAAUCAAUCAAUUUGUAUUUAUAAUUUUUAUAUAUAUAACAAUUUAAUGACAAUUCAAAAAAGAAAAAAAAAAAACAAA